GUUUUGUUCUUUUAUUCUGUCUUGUCCGGAUACCAAAUGCAUCAUCACAUCAUGAAUGAAUAGUGAAAAACUAGCCAAAUAAUAACAACCAUCAUCUACAGAAAACUUCAUGGACUAAAAAUUUAAAUUUGAAAACUUAAGGGCCCAAAUUAUCGUCUACAGAAAACUUCAGGGACCUUUUUGCAAUGUUAAUAUAAAAAAAGCAACGGAAUCACCACCACCAUCAUGAUCUUAAAKCAAUCCUAUCCGUCCAUACCAAUGACUCCUUCUACAAUCCAACGGUCACGAUUGAAUUCCUAAAUACUACUUUCUCAACACAGAUCUCAUCUUCUCUUCCCUCUCUUAAAACUCUGCAACUCACGGCCACCAUCGCAAAUCUCCCUCCCUAACUCCUUCCUUYCCACUUCACUUCACACUCUGAAAGCCUAAACACUCUAUUCUAUGCGUUCGCUCUGAAACCCUAAACACUGUUCCUUGUGGGUUUUAGGGGUUUAAUAAAACUCGAUUAAUUUCUUCGGUAGUAAUGGCGAAUUCUUACUCUUCUUCGGUUACUGCAUCUCAGGUGGGUUCGUACUUUGUUCAGCAAUAUUAUCAGGUGCUUCAACAACAACCUGAAUUUGUUCAUCAAUUUUACGCCGAUUCCAGUACCAUGGUUCGAGUUGAUGGCGAAUCCACUGAGACUGCCUCGGCUAUAUUCCAAAUUCAUACACUUAUUCAAUCAUUACAUUUUAGUGGGAUUGAGAUCAAGACUAUAAAUUCUCUUGAAUCAUGGAGUCAAGGCAUUGUUGUGGUGGUAUCUGGUUCUGUCAAGUCCAAGUUCUUUACUGGAUGGCGGAAGUUUGUUCAGACAUUUUUCCUUGCUCCCCAGGAGAAGGGUUACUUUGUCAUGAAUGAUAUCUUUCACUUUGUAAGCGAGGAGGUUAUACAUCAUCAUCCACCACCUGGGGCCCUUGAGAGCAAAGUCGAUUCUCAACCAAUUAGUUCAACUCCUUCUGAGUUACUCGUUUCCGAAGAUGCAUUGGAGGUUGAAGCCCAAGAAAAUCUUAAUUCGAUACACUUAGAAGGAAAUGAUGAAGACGAUUACUACAAUUCCCAAGAAAAUCAGCAUCUGCAGCAGGAAGAAUAUGAUAGCGAAGCCCAUGAGGAAGAACCACCGGUAGAAGAACCUGCAUCUCUGGUUCAGAAUACGGUGGAAUACGUACAAGAACCAAUCCAUCGGAAUACAGUCGAUGUUCAAGAGCCUCUGCAACAAAAUGCAGUAGAAUACGUUCAAGAACCAGUUUCUGCUGUGGAAGAGCCUGUUACCGAGCCUGUGAAGUUCACAUAUGCUUCUAUUUUGCGAGCUAAAGGGAAAUCUUCGCCAUCGGUUCCUGCUCAGCCACCUCUUAGUAAGAGUGUCACACCUGCUCCGGAAUGGCAUCAUACCCCUGAACCAGUUGCUCAGCUGCCGCCUACUUAUGUGCCUGAAUCUACUGCUCAGGUGGCACCGGAAGCUUUUGCUAGUGAAGAAGGUGAUUCAAAGUCUGUUUAUGUGAGGAACUUGCCAACUACUGUUACCAGUCUUGAAAUUUUCCARGAGUUCAAGAAUUUUGGUAAAAUCAAGCAGGAUGGUGUGUUCUUGAAGAAUCGCAAGGAUGUUGGUGUUUGCUUUGCCUUUGUUGAGUUUGAGGAUGUAGAGGGUGUUCAGAAGGCAAUUGAGGCGUCUCCGAUACAGUUAGCCGGACGUCAAGUCUACAUUGAAGAAAGGAGAGCAAACAGCAGCGGUGGUUCUCGUGGGGGAAGAGGAGGAAGAGGCAGUGGUGGAAGAGGGCGGAGUGAUGCAUCAAGAGGGCGUUACGGUGGCAGUUCUUACGCCAGAGGCAACGGCAUUCGUAACAUCUAAUCUCAGUUCUCGGAGGGUCGGUGUUAUUUUUUUCGCGAUAAGUGAUUUUGGUUUGGUUUUCUAAAUGGAUGUUUGCGUUAAUCUAAUCUUAUUUAGCAUGUUUUGAUGCGUGUUAGAGAAUUGUUGUUCGGUUAUUUAUAUCGUGCAAGCGAUAUACAUCAUCUUAUGAUUCUUCUUUAUCAUUCAUUCAAUCUAUAUAAGAGAAUGCAUCUUCUUGUUC